AAGAUGUGAUCCCACCCUUAUACAGUUUUACAACUUUUCAGCUUCACAUUCACAACAACAAUAUCAGUGUACAGUCUGCAAGCCGUGCUAUAAUCUUGUUAUCAAAGUACAGUGCCAGUGAAAUAACAAUAACCAAGAGAAGCAAUGUCGCUCGCUAAGGACCUAAUGCACCCUACUUUGGAGGCUGAGAGGCAAAGACACAAGAAGAAGAGGUUGGUUCAGAGUCCCAACUCCUACUUCAUGGAUGUAAAAUGCCCAGGCUGCUACAGGAUCACCACAGUGUUCAGUCAUGCCCAGAGAGUGGUGCCCUGUGGCGGUUGCUCCUUCGUCCUGUGCCAGCCCAGAGGGGGGAAAUGUCGCCUCACUGAGGGCUGCUCGUUCAGAAGAAAGCAACACUGAGGGAGAUUACAGUAGUGAGCUGUCAACUCUGAUAGUCGUGAAAGGUGGACCAUGGAUGAUUCCGACUCUUCAGUCUUAAUUUUAGCAUACAUUAUAUUGAUUGGAAUGGGUAUAUUUAGCUGAGCUGAUUGACAGUGCUUUGACCUUAUUGUGAUGUCUGUCUUUCAUGCAAAAUACAAGCAGAGUCAUAUGUUCAGCUACAAUAUUAUGUCUUCCUUUCAUAUUGAAUAGGAAUAAUAUGAUAUAAUAUAAGUUGAAAUAGUCUGCCUCUGUAUGUUUAUGAAAUUUAUAUUUUUCUUAGUAAAUAAUACAAUAAAUAAUCGCUUAAGCCAGGUUACUUUGUUUUGUAAAAAUUUAUUAGAUUGAAAGUGGGAAAGGUGAAUGAAACAUUUCAACACAGACUCAGUCAAAUGUGAAGCUUUUUUCAAGGGCAAAGGACGAGAAGCCAUGAUCACCUUCACAGACAACAAUAAAAACAUUUGAGGGUU